CAUGAUUUUCGUGUUUUAAAGAGCAAAGUUCAAACUCGGUUUCCCAAAUCAAACAAAAAAUGAAAAAGGAAAGUGGAGUGUGGAUCUGUUUAGUUUGCUAUUUCUGACGUUAUUGUCUGGAAUGAGAAUUCAAUGAAAACUUGGAUUUAUACUGUAUUUGGGAUUGUGUAUAGGGAGCACACACAGGUGUUUGUUCACAACAGCAUGUGCCUAGUUACACGAAGAACAUUGAUAAGUUCAAGGCUAAAGGAAUCAACUCAGUCAUUUGUGUUGUCGUUAAUGAUCCUUACGUUAUGAAUGUCUGGGCAAGCAAACUGAAAGCUAAGGAUAUGAUAGAUUUUUACGGAGACUUCGAUGGAAGCUUCCACAAGAGCCUGGAAUUAGGAAAAGAUCUCUUUGCUGCUUUGCUCGGGCCUCGCUCUCAGAGAUGGUCGGCCUGCGUAGUUGAUGGAAAGGUCAAAACUUUUAACGUGGAGGGUGUCCCAUCGGAGUUCAAGGUUUCUGGCGCCGAGGUUAUUCUGGAACAGAUAUAGACAGAAUGAUAUCGCA